AGGAGAGAAGUGUGGGAGGAUGCUGAGGCGUGAGAUCUUUUCAACUUCGCCUUCUGCCCCUGCGGCCUCUUUGUCGUCGGGAGAGGUUGGCUCACAGGGUCUCGGCCACAGCUUCGGACGCCCGGACACUCCUCGGAGUCGUCCUUCGAGCCAGGCCUUCCUGGUGUCCACCCCAUUCGGCACUUCUGGAGCCGCAGGCGACAGAAGCAGCAGCAGCAGCACAUUUCGCCCUCCCAGCGCCAGGCCAGCUCCAGGUUUAUACUUUGGAAACAAAAAGUCUAAUGUGGAAAAUGCAGUUGCUUCAAAUUUUACUUUUGGUACAAGCUCCUCUUCUGCACGGGAUCCUAUGCACCCUCACAUACUUAAAACUCCAUUGCCUGCUGGAAAUCAUCAAAGACCAGGAUAUAAACCUUGGACACCACAAAUAGGAUAUUCAGCUACAUCAUCUUCAGCAGUGUCUGCACAUACACCAUCAGUUAUUGUAGCUGUUGUGGAAGGGAGAGGACUUGCCAGGGGUGAAAUAGGAAUGGCAAGUAUUGACUUAAAAAGCCCACAGAUUAUAUUGUCCCAGUUUGCAGACAACACAACCUAUGCAAAGGUGAUCACUAAGCUCAAAAUUUUAUCCCCUUUGGAAAUAAUAAUGUCAAAUACUGCUUGUGUUGUGGGGAAUUCGACCAAGUUGUUUACUCUGAUCACAGAAAAUUUCAAGAAUGUUAAUUUUACUACUAUACAAAGGAAAUACUUCAAUGAAACAAAAGGAUUAGAGUAUAUUGAACAGUUGUGCACACCAGAAUUCAACACUGUCCUAAUGGAGGUUCAGUCCAAAUAUUACUGUCUUGCAGCUCUUGCAGCUUUGUUAAAAUAUGUUGAAUUUAUUCAAAAUUCAGUUUAUGCACCCAAGUCACUGAAGAUUUGUUUCCAAGGUAGUGAACAGACAGCAAUGAUAGAUUCAUCAUCAGCCCAAAACCUUGAGUUGCUAGUUAAUAAUCAAGACUGUAGGAAUAAUCACACUCUCUUUGGUGUGUUAAAUUAUACUAAGACUCCUGGGGGAUGUAGAAGACUGCGUUCGAAUAUACUGGAACCCCUAGUUGAUGUUGAAACCAUUAACAUGAGAUUAGACUGUGUUCAAGAGCUGCUUCAAGACGAGGAACUAUUUUUUGGACUUCAGUCAGUUAUCUCAAGAUUUCUUGAUACUGAGCAGCUUCUUUCUGUUUUAGUACAAAUUCCAAAACAAGACACGGUUACUGUAGCUGAAUCAAAGAUAACAAAUUUAAUAUAUCUAAAGCAUACUUUGGAACUUGUGGAUCCUCUAAAGAUAUCACUGAAGAACUGUAACACACCUUUGUUAAGAGCGUAUUAUGGUUCCUUGGAAGAUAAGAGGUUUGGAAUCAUACUUGAAAAGAUCAAAACAGUAAUUAAUGAUGAUGCAAGAUACAUGAAAGGAUGCCUGAACAUGAGAACUCAGAAGUGCUAUGCCGUGAGGUCUAACAUAAAUGAAUUUCUUGAUAUAGCUAGAAGAACAUAUACAGAAAUUGUAGAUGACAUAGCAGGAAUGAUAUCACAACUAGCAGAAAAAUAUAAUCUUCCUUUAAGGACAAGUUUUAGUUCUGCACGAGGAUUUUUCAUCCAGAUGGCUACAGAUUGUACAGCUCUACCCAAUGAUCAACUUCCUUCAGAAUUUAUUAAGAUUUCUAAAGUUAAAAAUUCCUACAGCUUUACAUCAACAGAUUUAAUUAAAAUGAAUGAAAGAUGCCAAGAGUCCUUGCGAGAAAUCUAUCAUAUGACUUACAUGAUAGUAUGCAAACUGCUGAGUGAGAUUUAUGAACAUAUUCAUUGCUUGUAUAAACUGUCUGACACUGUGUCAAUGCUGGAUAUGCUGCUUUCCUUUGCUCAUGCCUGCACUCUUUCUGACUAUGUUCGACCGGAGUUUACUGAUACUUUGGCAAUCAAACGGGGAUGGCAUCCCAUUCUUGAAAAAAUAUGCUUGGAAAAACCUGUGCCUAAUAAUACCUAUAUUACAGAAGGAAGUAAUUUUUUGAUCAUAACUGGACCAAAUAUGAGUGGAAAGUCCACAUAUUUAAAGCAAAUUGCUCUUUGUCAGAUUAUGGCCCAGAUUGGCUCUUAUGUCCCAGCAGAAUAUUCUUCCUUCAGAAUUGCUGAGCAGAUCUUUACAAGAAUCAGUACUGAUGAUGAUAUUGAAACAAACUCAUCAACAUUUAUGAAGGAAAUGAAAGAGAUAGCGUAUAUCCUACAUAAUGCUAAUGAUAAAUCACUCAUACUAAUUGAUGAACUUGGCAGAAGUACUAAUACAGAAGAAGGAAUCAGUAUAUGUUAUGCUGUGUGUGAAUAUCUACUGAACUUAAAGGCAUUCACAUUGUUUGCUACUCAUUUCCUGGAGCUGUGCCACCUGGAUGUCCUGUAUCCUAAUGUGGAAAACAUGCAUUUUGAAGUACAACAUGUAAAAAAUGUCUCAAGAAAUAAAGAAGCAAUUUUGUAUACCUACAGGAUUUCUAAGGGUCUCACAGAAGAAAAAAAUUAUGGCUUAAAAGCUGCAGAAGCGUCAUCACUUCCAUCAUCAAUUAUCACAGAUGCCAGAGAAAUAACAAAUCAAAUUGCAAGACAGAUUUUGCAAAACCAAAGGAGUACCCCAGAGAUGGAAAGACAGAGAGCUGUGUACCAUCUAGCAACUAGGCUUAUUCAAACGGCCAGAAACUCUCAAUUGAAUUCAGACAGUUUGCGAUCAUAUUUAAUUAAUCUGAAGAAGAAAUAUGAAGAUGAUUCUCUCACAGCUGACCCAGUUCCAGAAAACACUGAAGAAUAAUAGGAAUUCACAUCUUACAAAAUAGCAUGUGGAACCUAGAAUUCUUUUUCUUCUUAUAUAAGAAUCUGUUAACAUUUACAUUUUAAGUGAAAAUUACGGUAUAUUAGUUUCAUAAUUGUCAUAUAUUCCACAUGAAAAAUAUUUUUUGUUGUAACUUAAAAAUGCAACUUUGCC